UGUUUGUCGUUCAUAACCUCACUUAAUUUUUAAACGUGUUUUUGUGGUUAUUUGUAAAUGAUAAACAAGCAAAAUGUUUACCACGAAGUCGUUUAUUAAAAAGAAUAAAAUAGGAAAUUAUUUAAAGCAUGUCAGAGAACAUUACAUCCGAGAUGAUAUUUUCUGUGGGUUUAGCUGUUGUGAGACUUGUUCGCUGGUUGAAUCCAGUCUAACUGAGGAAUAUGUGAAUAAAUGUUCUCUAUUUAAAUUUAAUCACUACUUGAUAUUGGAUACAAAUAUAAUUUUAGAGCAGAUGGAUGUAUUAGAAGAACCCAUAAUUGGCAAUUGUAUUAUAUUGCAUACAGUUCUGAAAGAAGUCAAGCAUCGUAGUUUGCCUAUUUAUAAGCGUUUGAUGAGUAUUGUAGAUAAUCCAAGCAGACAUUUUUAUAUAUUUACCAAUGAUCAUCAUAAAGAUACUUUUAUGCCCCAAAAAGAUGGUGAAUUAAUAAAUGAUUACAAUGAUCGUCUAAUAAGAAAAGCCUGUAGUUGGUACAUGGACCAUUUGCCUAAUAAAAAGUUUGUGUUAUUAACUGAUGAUAGGGCAAAUAAAAAUUUGGCUAAGGAGGAUGAAAUUCCAGCUGUAACAACAACUGAAUAUGUUAAACAUUUGGAUGAGCAAGUGGCUCUGGGUGACAAAUUAAAGAAAAAAGAUUCAGAAGUUCAAAAAGAUGCAAAGUCCAUAUUUCCACCACAUCUAUCAACAAGUGCUAUGCUUAUUGGUAUUAAAGAAGGAAAAUUGUAUCAAGGAACAUUCAGGGCUUCCAGAGACAACUUUUUGGAGGGUUUUGUUAAUGUUGAAGGCUUUGAGGACAAUGUUUUGGUUCAGGGUAGGAAAGGUCUUAACAGGGCUGUAGAUGGAGAUGUGGUUGCUGUACAAAUGUUUGAUAAAACUGAAUGGGUUUCACCUAGUGAAAUUGUCCUGGAGGAUGAAGGUGUAUCUGAGGAAAACAUAAAAGAUAUACAGAAAAACGAAAAUGAGUUAAAGAAGAAUGCAAAGAAUAGCAAAAAGGAUGAAAUUAGACCCACUGGUUGUGUUGUUGGUAUUAUCAGGAGAAAAUGGAGACAAUAUUGCGGUAUUUUGCAAGGUAAUAGUGAUGGUCUUUAUCAAAUAUUUGUACCAGCAGAUUCAAGUAUACCUAAGAUAAGAAUUGAAACUAGGCAAGCUGAGUUUCUUAGGAGUCAAAAAUUUAUUGUUACUAUUGAUUCAUGGCCCCAACAUUCAAGAUAUCCUCAUGGACAUUUUGUCAGAGCCCUGGGCAAAAUAGGCCAACAAUCAACAGAAAACGAAGUAGUACUCCUGGAACACGAUGUCCCACACAGUCAAUUCUCUGAAGAAGUGUUAAGUUGCCUACCCAAACUGCCGUGGCUUAUAACAGAUGAUGACGUUAAAAAACGCGUAGAUCUCCGCGGAAUCGACAUUUGUUCGGUGGAUCCCCCAGGAUGUACGGAUAUUGAUGAUGCUUUACAUUGUCGACCGAUAGAGGGCGACAGGCUCGAAGUGGGCGUGCAUAUCGCCGAUGUUUCCCACUUUAUCAGACCAGGAACAGCACUGGAUCUAGAAGCGGCCUCUAGAGCCACCACUGUUUAUUUAAUCAACAAACGUAUUGACAUGGUUCCUGAACUUUUAAGUUCAAAUCUGUGUUCUCUUAGAGGUGGGGAGGAAAGAUUCGCUUUCUCCUGCAUAUGGGAAAUGGAUAAAGAAGCAAAUAUUAUUAAUACAAGGUUUCACAAAAGUAUUAUAAAAUCUAAAAAAGCAAUGACUUAUGAAGAAGCUCAGAUCACCAUUGAUGAUAAAUCUAAAAACGAUUCUAUAGCACAGUCUUUAAGAAACCUUAACAUGCUUGCAAAGAUAUUAAAAAAGGGAAGAUUGCAAAAAGGCGCUUUGGUUUUGGCUUCCCCGGAAGUUAAAAUCCGAAUGGAUUCGGAAACAAUGGAACCUCUUGAUGUGGAAAUCAAAAAAAUGUUUGAAACCAACUCGAUGGUUGAAGAAUUCAUGUUGUUGGCUAACAUUAGCGUUGCUCAGAAAAUUCUGGAAGAUUUUCCCGACUGCGCCAUGCUUAGGAGGCAUCCUACGCCCCCUAGCACCAACUUUGAUCCUCUUGUGAAAGCUGGAAAACACUUGGGCUUCGACAUGAAAAUAGACUCGGGGAAAAACCUGGCCCAGUCCCUGGACGACGCGACCUGCGAAACGAACCCCUACCUGAACACGAUGCUUCGUAUUUUGGCCACCAGGUGCAUGUUGCAAGCCGUCUACUUCCCCAGCGGCGCCAUGCAGAAGGACGAGUACUUCCAUUACGGAUUGGCCGUGCCCUUAUACACCCACUUUACGUCGCCAAUCAGAAGAUACGCCGACAUCAUCGUGCACAGGCUAUUGGCCGUGACAUGCGGCGCCGACUCGACCUAUCCGAAUUUGUUGAACAAGCAGAAAACCGUGGAGCUGUGUCAGAAUUUGAAUUACAGGAACAGGAUGGCGCAGUACGCUGGCAGGGCCAGUGUCGCCUUUAAUACACACCUAUUCUUUAAAGGAAAAGUACAAGAUGAAGAAGGGUAUGUUUUGUAUGUGAGAAAAAAUGCUCUACAAAUAUUAAUACCCAAAUAUGGCCUGGAAUGCAACCUAUUCCUAGCUACUAAAGGAGAAACAUCAAAUAUUUUUGAAUAUGAUGAAGAUAAUCAAACCCAAAAAGCUGGUAACCUAAUAAUCCACAGCUUUGAUAGAGUAGUGGUCAGAAUGAGCUUAGACUCAAAAAAUAUUCAACACGAAAAGUUUACUUUGCAAUUGGUUGAGCCUUUUAUAGAAGGUUUUAGCGUUCAACCUUUGGGACAAACUGAAAUGGAAGUUGACACAAACGAGGCAAAAACCGACAAAAAAAGAAAAUCAACGUCUGAAAAGGGUAACAAUAAAAGAAAAAGUUAAUUUUGUUUUUGUAACUGUUUUUAAUGUAUAAACAAUAAAAUUAAGUAUACAAACUUGCUUUUUUAUACAAAAAAACCUAUCAAAUUAAUAAAAAAAAUAAAAUACAAAAACUAUAAUUCCUAGUACAAAAACUAUACAUCAUGUUUUAUUACUUUCUUAUCAAACCCGCAGGAAUAUAAAACAUUGUCAACCCAUUUCACACUCCUAACAAAUUUAUUAUGAGUUGAUAUUCUAUGUUCACUAUUAAAUGUAGCAUUGUUACAAUCGUAAGUAAUAAUUUCAGUGGAAUUACCACAAACAGCUACUUUAUUGUUUUCAAUAGCAAUUCUAUGUAUACUACUUUCAUAGCAAUGUUUCACAGCCACAAAAUCUUUUGGUUCCCUCUUGUCUAGUAAAUAUACAUCUCCAGCUUGAGUACCAGCUAUGAUGUAGUUUGUGUUGGUUUGAUUCCAUUUUAUGUUUUUAAUGGCGCUAAAUUCGUUACUAUA